UUACGAUGAUAUUGUCCAAACCAGUGUUUCGACAGACCUGAAAGAGUCUUUUGGAAAUGUUCUCAGUUGCUUUUCAGGCGGGGAGGUAGGCUGAGUAGUUAUGGAAUCUGUUUAUUGCAUGCAAGGUAGACUGCCAGCACCAUUCUACAAGGUUUCAACAGGAAGAACUCAAGCAUGCGGUGACUGCUAGGUUGCUUUGCUAGAGGACGGCUGUCUUUCUUCAGCCGUUGAUUGAGAGCUUCACCACAUCCCUGCACACUGGCUGUCCUUAGCGUUCGCCCUUUGUGUCUCUACGUCAUCAAGUGUCUCAAGCUAUUUCUCACAUUCAGUUCUGUUUUUCGCUCUUAGUCCGUUAUUCUCUGAGGAUACGUUUUCUUUUUGCUCCAAAGCCAUAAAGUUGUGUAAAGGUCUGCAAAGGUCGUGAAUACAUCCUCUGCAAAAAGUCCCUGAGGUUUGUGAUGUAGAUACUCACUGGCAGAUUCAUCUGGAGGGGCACUAAUUGAUCGAUGCCUGUCCUGGGGUCAUGAAGGCUGCUCGCCUUGUGCUAAUUGGCCAGCUGGCAAUAGCUAUUUGUUUGGGGGUGGGCAAUGCCAAGCCAGCCCAGGCCCCGCUGCUGCGCCAGCGACCCUUCAUCGUGGUCUGGAACGCACCCACUGAGGCCUGCCGUCUGCGUUUCCACGUGGACCUCGACCUGCGUGUCUUUGACAUCGUGGCUAACCACAACGAGACCCUGAGUGGCCCCAAUAUCACCAUCUUCUACCACACCCACCUGGGCCUCUACCCCUACUACUCCCGUGAGCGGCUACCCAUCAACAGCGGCCUGCCCCAGAACCAGAGCCUGGUCAAGCACCUCAGCAAAGCCCAUGCUGACAUCGACAGCCUCGUUCCAUUCAGGGAUUUCCGGGGCUUGGCUGUCAUAGACUGGGAGAACUGGAGACCACAGUGGGUACGCAACUGGGGCUUCAAGGAUAUUUACCGCAACAAGUCCAAAGAGCUGACUAGAAGCCUCCACCCACAGUGGCCCGAGAGUAAAGUGGAGAAAGAGGCCAAGGAGCAUUUUGAGAGGGCCGAUCAGUCUUUCAUGAUCUCCACCCUACUGCUGGCGAAAAGCCUGCAGCCCGAUGGCCUCUGGGGCUUCUACCUGUUCCCAGAGUGCUACAACUAUGGCUAUAAGCAGCACCCAGGGCGCUACACUGGUGAAUGCCCCAGCGUGGAGCACGUCCGCAACGAUCACCUAAUGUGGCUGUGGAGAGCGAGCACUGCCCUCUAUCCCUCUAUCUAUCUGGACUAUGAGCUUAAGUCUACGCCCAACACUCUCAAGUUCGUCCACUACCGUGUCAAGGAGGCCUUGAGAAUCGCCUCCAUCGCCCGCAGUGACUACAUACUCCCAGUCUUUGUCUACUCCAGGCCCUUCUAUGCCUACACCUUCCAUGUGCUCUCAGAGAGUGACCUGGUCCACACCAUUGGAGAAAGUGCCGUCCUGGGGGUGGCGGGGGUGGUGCUUUGGGGUUCCUCUGAGUAUGCCCAAUCUCAGAGAAACUGCCUGGAAGUGAAGAGGUACAUAGACGGCUCCCUGGGUCGUUAUAUUGUCAAUGUGACCUCAGCUGCCAAACUCUGCAGCAAGGCUCUGUGCAGGAAGAACGGCAAAUGUGUGCGGAAAAACCUAGACUCUGGGGCUAUGCUGCACCUCAACCCCCGCUUCUUCCACAUCCAACGCAACCUGGGCUCCCAGGGGCCUCGCUUUAGAAUUAGCGGGCAUCUCAGCCACGACGACAUCUCUGAAAUGAAGCACAAAUUCACCUGUCAGUGCUACCACGGUUGGACGGGAGUCUUCUGUGAAGUGCCUGAGAGAUCCCCCUACCCCCAACACCCACGGCACCACUUGAUAAAACUCUUGGCCAUCCUUUCCCUUCACUCCUCUCAUUUGUCUGUACUCCUCAUCUUCUGUGUCAUUGUCAAGUGUCUCUUACAGUGGAAGCUGGCCUCUUAUUUUAAAGCCUCCACAGUGGGCCAGACUCACUGACAGAAUCCUUUUCCAUGCUGAAGUAUUAAAACAGGAGAUGCUUUUAAUAAAAUGAUAGACAUUUUUUAAGUUCUAUUGCUUUAUUCAUCUGUUUCCUGACGCAAAAUAAUCUGAUGACAGAAUAAAAU